AUGGAUGAGCGUCAUUUUCUUUGAACAACAGUCUACUGAAGUAGGAGUUAUAUGAGCAGUAAUUCAUUUAAAGACUUUGAAGUGGGUGACUGUUGGUCAGAUGAAGAAAUGAAUUGAAGAUCCAUUAAGAGGAGUAUAUUAGAUGAGUAUAAGGAUGAAAAUUUGAUGGGGAAUUUGAAUAUAAUUAUGACUCUAAAUAUGGGCAUUAAUUUGAAUGUGAAAACUAAGAUAAGAGCUAGAUGUGGUAAAUGCUGAUAUUGUAAUCUCAAGCGAUCUCGAAAGUCUAGUUGAGGACUCUGGUUAAAUGCAUAA